CCGCUAUAGUCGGUGUGUCCGUUACAACAAUGUGACAGGAAUUUCAUUUACAACCAAAGUGCAGUGCGUACGCAUAUAGAAACGCUUUAAAUUCGAAUUUUUCGUAAACAUGGUGUACUAAGUGGUGCAAAGUGGUUUGAUGACUUAAAGGAGCAGUGAUUUUUCUCGGGUUCAUGGUUUAAGCGAUGAUUAACACCAUGUAACAUAUUGGGAGAACGUUGGCCCAACGGGUCUUAAAAUGGACAUAAGAUAAACUAAAUAUGAGAUUAUUCCACCGGAUAGCAAUAUUUCCGAUGAUUUUGAUUUUCGAUCAAAAUCAUGCUGAAACAUAUGUUGAACACGAACGGGCAGCUGGCCAAUCGCAGCGUCUCGCGACCAGAUAGCUCGAUUGUGAUGGAACCCAGGGACCAGCCGUCGCGCUACAGAUCUCCGAACGGGAACACGUCGAGGAUAUCGCAGCAGUACCCCCUGAAUGUCACGCAGCUGCACAAUGCCACGUUGGACAACUCCAAGCACUCGAUAUAUAGCACCGCGGUGCUAUCUCCGGCGAACAAGAGCCUCAACGGCGGCUUGAAUAUUUCGCGAGCGAGGAACCAGAGUACGGUGAACAAGUUCAUCGCUAAAUCCAAGGAAGUCGGGGUGAAGGAGAUGCUAGUGAGUCUGGGACUACUGUGUUUAGUGAGUUUGCUGCUAGCGCUGCUGUCGCUGAUUUUCCUACUGAAAAUAUCGCCUGUGACCGCGAACGAUAUACGCGAGUUGCUAAGGGCCGAACAAUUGACUGUUAUCACAGCUGAAGAGUAUGUGGUGGUGUACGAGGUUACGUUAGCCCUGUGCGCGCUAACAUUGUCCCUGAAUUUGUGUUGUCUUCUUGUAUGCGCCAUACAAUUCCUCUUUGCAGUGAAGUUAGUGAAAAGUCCUCACGGAGGGAACGAUCGAACGAACAAAUAUCUUCAAAAGUCGUCGGUAAGCAGAGUAUGCGCUGUGGGAGGAUUCUUCAUAUCAAUACCCGUAUUUUUAACAGGUAUAAUUCUCUACACGUUCAUACAAUUCCACUCGACACCCGCCAUAGUGACCAGCGUGUUCAUAGGCUUGGGCAUAAUAUUCUGCGGCUGCGCGAUGGUGCACAACGUCUUCAUUUGGCAGCGCGAAAAGACCAACGCGGUGAAAGAGCUAGCGUUGCAGCAGCACGAGCAGUCUGCGCACCACAAUUCCUAUCACAGUCUCAGUGCGCAGCAGCCGCACGCGAGCAACUACAACAGUUAUGCGCACUCGAUGGCCACGAUUCACGGCAACGGGCCGUACAUAGUGAGACCGUCGACUACGACGCCGCCCAGCGGCGAGAACAUGAACCUCAACAAGCUGACGCAUCCGCGCGAAGCCAGCGGCAGCGUCAGCCCUGGUAUGCCGAAUACGACGCUCGAAUUGAGCAGCGUCGGCACGACGAAUUCGCCGCACGAGUUGUCCACGUUGGUGUGAACCGUCCUUAAUGUUCGUAGAUAAUUUCUGUUUUAAUAUUGCCCGAGCGUUUUUUUU